CCAAAAACAAAGAAACCCAAUGAGCUCUUUCCGUUAAAAUAUUGACCAAAAAGAAAAGUUCGAACAUUUGCUAUCGAAAACCAAUCGCUACAAGAAGAAUCAUAAUUUGACAAAAGCUUUGAGAACAGAGAGAGAAGAAACUAAUGGAGGUUCUAAAUGAAGAAGAAGAGUACAAUUGGAGAGAUGUGCAACUGCCAUCGUUGAUUCCAGUAGUUCCAGCACCGGAGCUGGAGAGAGAGACGGGAGAGAGACGGAGAGGCAGAGACAUACUUAUAGCUAUAGAUCAUGGACCCAAUAGCAAACACGCCUUUGAUUGGGCUUUGAUCCAUCUUUGCCGCCUUGCCGAUACCAUCCAUCUUGUUCAUGCUGUUUCCAGUGUGCAGAAUGAUGUAGUUUAUGAGAUGACUCAGGCUCUUAUGGAGAAGCUUGCUGUGGAGGCUUACCAGGUUGUCAUGGUGAAGAGUGUUGCUCGUAUUGUGGAAGGCGAUGCAGGUAAAGUUAUUUGCAAAGAAGCAGAAAGGUUAAGGCCUGCAGCUGUGGUGAUGGGUACCAGAGGCAGAGGCAUAGUUCAAAGUGUCUUGCAGGGAAGUGUGAGUGAAUAUUGCUUCCACCACUGUAAAGCAGCGCCUGUUGUUAUUGUUCCUGGGAAAGCAGCUGGAGAUGAAUCAUUAAUUCAAUGGAAGUAAUAGAACUGUCAUAAAGGAACAAAAUGGAUGGGAACUAGCUACCAGCUCUGGCAUUUGAUGUUGUGAAAUGUGUGUUUUUUAUAGUUCUUUGAUUGUUUGGAUAGAUUGAUUUGAUAGGUCUCUCAGGAAGAUGAUUUAUUGUAUGAUGUUCAUUACAACAAAGUUUAGUUAUUAUUUGCUGUUUGUAUGACAAACUUACAUUGUGAAAAUUUAAUUGCCUUUCAAAUUUGCCAAUUUA